AUGGCCUUCUCACAAACUCUCAGUGAUUGGAAUCCCCGUUUAAUUGAGAACACUUGCGAUGAACCUGAAGCCAGUUUACAACCUCUGGAAGACUAUCAAGAAUCAAUACUGGUUUCUCUCGAAGUAGCUUGUGAACCCAUUCAAUCGCUAUUUCGUAAUUUACCACGUGAUGUUUGGAUUGCUAAGAAUGCAUCCAAGAAUCCUGCCAAUGGCCUUACUUCUGAUGAAUCAGCCGCUAUUCAUCUUUAUACCAUGGAGAUCAAGACUCGAAGUCUGUAUUCGAUUCUGAAUG